UGUGGAAUGCUAUCCGGCGUCUACUACCAACACUGCCUUUGACCAUGAGAAAGGCAGAAGAUAAUUUUAAAAAAAUGAUUUCACCAAAAUAUCAGUCUGAUGGCAGAUGGAAAACGUGUCUUGGUUUAACUCAUCAGCAGUUCGAAUAUGUCGCAUCAUUACUUUAUGUGAAUGAAAACGUGCCCGAGGAAGCUGUCGAUACGGCGAAAGAGUUAUUUACUGAAAUAAAGAAAGAAUUUUUGAAUGGCUUGAACGAGCAAGAAUGGUUGGACGAAAAAACACGAGCCAGCGCUCGCCGGAAGCUUAUCAAGAUGAAAGAAUAUGUUGGCUAUCCACGAUUCAUAAAAGAUCCCUCGAAGCUGAACAAGUUCUAUGAAGAUGUUAAAGUUGAUAUUUCUCAACUUUUACAAAACCAGUUAAGUUCGGUAAGGAAUUCUUUCAUAAAGAAGAUUCAGUUGUUUGGCAAACUGUUUGGCGACUACAAGUAUACACCACUUCAGAUUCUUCCAGUCCUUGCUACUAAUACUGUUUACCUUGGUAUAACAAAUGAAAUUUCUAUUUUGGCAGGAGUAUUACGGCCACCUUUGUAUCACAAGGACGCACUGAGAGCGUUAAAUUAUGGAUCCCUUGGCAUGUUAGUAGGCCAUGAAAUAGCACAUGCUUUGGGCGAUAAAGGUGGGCAGUUCGACGAAAACGGAAACAUGGAUCAAUGGUGGACUAAAAAAUCGCACGAGAACUUCGUGAAAAGAUCGAAGUGUUUCGUUCAACAGUAUAGUAAAGUGAAAGUUUUUGGUGAACAGGUUGACGGCUAUUCCACCCUUGAAGAGAAUAUUGCUGAUAAUGGAGGAUUAAAAUAUGCUUAUAGGGCAUAUCAAAAUUUCGGGAAAAGAUACGACAAUGAGGCAAAGUUACCAGCACUUCCGUUUACUGAUGAUCAACUUUUCUUCAUUAGUUUCGCGCAGGCGUGGUGUGCAAAAUAUAGCCAAGACAAGAUAAAAUUGCUGACAGCGACGGUUCCUACUUAUUCUCUUGAUCCUGUCAGGGUGCAGGUCCCUUUGCACAAUUUCCCCCCGUUCAGCAAAGCAUUUGGAUGCACGCCGCCGAAAGAUACGUGCGCAGUGUGGUAAAAUACAGUAAUCAAGCUCUGUAAUUAUUAAAGAAUUUGAAUGAUUUUGUAGUUUCAGUUUCCGAAAACAUUUUCUGAUCACUAGGGCAAGAAAAAUCAUAAAUUUGUGGCAAAACAAGGCAGCAGUCUGCUUAAAAUAAUAAUCGACAAAUUGCAGUAACACAGUGAUAUGUUAGUACGAUAACGCGGAACGUGAAGUUAUAAAUACAGUAACACAGUAAAACACAGUAAUAUGUUAGUACGAUGACGCAGAACGUGAAGUUACAAAUACAGUAACAUAGUAAUAUGUUAGUACGAUAACGUGAGGUUAUAAAGGGACAUUUUUUAGUUCGAACGUGAGCAUAACAAGAAAUUAGAUAAAGAAAAAAAUAAUCUUUUUCAGGUAAAAUAAGGGAUACAUCUUACCAUAGCGAAUUUCCAAAUAUUUCAAAGGCUGUGUAAAAAUGUUCGGAAAGUCGAUAUUUUGCUUCUUUUUCGGAAUUGACGUGAGAAAGCUGUAAUGUUUUUAGGUUGGGUCUAUAUACCUUAAACUAACAGGAAAUUCAACCAGUUUUUCUCAAUCCAAUGGUUAU